UGUUUAUAAAAUCUCAUUGUUAAGCUUAAGAUGGAGAAGCAAAUUUAUUUAAUUGGUUAUCAAAUUACAAAAUUUGUAGGAAGCAAACUGCCGAGCUUAAAAGAGGUUAUGUCUCUUUUCUUUCAUUAUCAUUGUUCUCAAAGCUUGACUAUUAAGAAAAGUGCAUUAAUUACGGUUGAGAAUGUAUUCGAUUUAUGGUCUGAAGCUGGAAUUCCGACUUGUGCGAAAAAUUCUGCAGUAAGAAAACUCAUUCGCCAUCACACUGUUUGGAAAAAUUUGCUAAAAAAUAAAAAUCAAAAGCUGUCAUCUACUCAAAAAAAAAAAGUUUCUAUUUUUUGUGCCGAUAUUGAGAAAUUAUUCGACAUAGCACAUCACAAAGUAAUGAAACUCAUUAAUGAAAGUCAAAAGUUAUUUUUGCAAGGCCAAAGACAGUCAAAUCGACGAGGUUUUCUCCAUAUUAAUCCUCCAGUAAAAACGGUAGCUAAUAAUAUUGAUGAAGAUAGAAUUGACGAAAUUCAAAGUGAUGAGAAUAAUACUGGAUUAUUAUUAAGUCAAAAAACAGAUUCAAGUUUAAGUCGAACUUCAAAUGCAGCAUCUGAUUUCGAAGAUGAUAUAGAGGUUUCACGGCAGCGAAAAAAACUUGAAAUAAUCACGCCUAAGCUUGUCAGUGCAUUGGAUCGUGCAAAUGUAAGUAGCAGAAAUGCUACUUACAUUGUAGCUGCUACUUUAAUCAGCGCGGGACUAGAUAUAAGUCAAUAUAAUUUGAGUCACUCAACCAUCCAUCGUCAGCGUGAAUUAGCGAGAAAAAGUACAAUGGCAAAUUUACAACAAAAUUUAAAAGUUGAUAAAUGCGUUUUACACUGGGAUGGGAAGAUAAUGCCUGACAUUGAAACGCGCCAAGACGUGGACAGAUUACCAAUCGUAUUAUCAGCUUCGGGACAAGAAAUACUACUUGGUGCUCCCAAAAUUGACUCUGGAACUGGGGAAAAUCAAGCCUCAGCAAUUAUUUCUGUCCUGAGUGAAUGGUCUAUCGCUGACAGUAUUACAGCAUUAUGUUUUGAUACUGCGGCUGUAAAUACAGGAAUUCACAGUGGUGCAUGUGUUCUCGUUGAACAAGCACUAAGAAGAGAGUUGACUUAUUUACCAUGCCGUCAUCACAUUAUUGAGCUAGUUUUAAGAUCCGCAUUUGAAACUUAUUGGCCUACAUCUUCAGGUCCAAAUGUUUCGAUUUUUACUCGGUUCAAAAACAAAUGGAGUGAUAUUGAUCAACAAAAAUAUACUACUGGGAUUUCAGACAGAGAAGUUCAAGAAGCCCUUGCAGAUAUAAAAGAUGAAAUCCUAAUACUUAUUGCUAAUUACUUACAAAUUUCGCAACCAAGAGGAGAUUAUAAGGAGCUUCUGGACUUAGCUCUGAUUUUUUUGGGAGCUUUGCCAUCUGACGGAGUAGUUUUUAAAUAUCCUGGAGCUGUUCAUCAUGCAAGGAGUCCGUCAAAUUUGUAUUUUUGUGAUAAAAUUUCACAUAAAAGCGUGGUUUUCAGCAACGUCAGCGAUAACAGCGCCAAGUAAUGAUUUAAUG